CAUGUACCCAACCAGCCCGUGAGCUGCAACGCAUCAUACGUAUCCAGCCAAGGUUGUCACAAGGCACCGUCAAUUCCAGUCAAGGCCGCCGUGACAAGCCCGCCCACCGUAAUCCAUCAGACGAUACCACGGCAGCAGGAACUCUAGCAGGCUGCGCCAUUUAUGGCCCCUAAACGCAAGUCGCCCGAGAAUUUAACGCUACUUGGGCGCCUGACCUUUUUCCUCCAGAAAAGACUCGAGGUUAUUGAGCGCCAAAUCUGCGGUGGGGAAGGAGUGGAAGGCGUGUACGGGUCACUGACAAUUGCAACAUUAACUAUAGUCCUACUGGUUCUUGUCAGAGCUGGCCUCCUACGCACGAACAGCGUCUUCGGGGACAUCGGGGCUGGUGUUGGCAGGACCCUGGUAAUAGUCGCGUUCUUGUUCGGAAUCAAAAGCAUUGGCUGGGAAUUGGAUAAAGUAAAACGAGGAAAGGCCGAGAAUUUUAUUGAGAGGUUCCAGCCGCAUGUUGACAAAUACAAGGUGAAAGAUCCUUGGAACCAUUUAGAAGCCGACGUUAAUUCUCUUCUGACAGCGUACAAAACACCAGAGUGUUUUUCCUGCAAACCAGACAACAGCGACGUCAAUUAUGAAGAUGUAACAGUCCUGUUCUCUUUUUGGGAGGGAUUUGGUGACAAGGAAAAGGUCACUAAACACAUGAAGACCGCUACUCAGCUCGAGGCUCUUAUUAUCGUACAAAAGCAUGAAGCUAAACCUGUCGAAUUCAUGGCAGGCUUAGGAUUCCCCGGACUCACCCUCCUUACAAGAUUGCCAAUAAGAACCUCAGGUGCCAACCAGACGUUUCAAGCAUAUAUCUUCCUUACAAGUCUUGGCAAGUCCAACAUGCUACCAGAAGUUAAAAUACAGGAACAGGAAUUCCUACCUCCUGCAGUGUACGACCUGCCCGUGAAUGACCAUACUCCGUUGUUAAUUAAAAUGAUGCAAGAAGACGAACAGGCCAAAAAGGCUCGGACCCUGAUUCCUCCCAAAGAAGCCAUUAUUGCGCCAAGCCCCAAUGCACAACAAGGGCAAGAGGAUGAUGCCUUUGAGCAGCUCGCCGAAGAGCCCCAGCAAGAUUGCGCUGCUCUUGGGACGGCCACUCUUCAACCCGCUAGUGCGGACUUUUCAGAUGUGCUGCCCACCACCGAGCACAACAAAGCACCACAGCUGGACCCGGUACAGCAGGACGGCACUCAAC